AUGAAAAAAGUUUUAUUUCUUCUCGUUGUUUGCCUUCUUAUCUCAAUAAACGAAUCGAAUCGUCGUCAUCGUCGACAUAAUGAUCAAUACGGCUACAUACCACUAUAUGGUAAUCAAUUUGGACUUUAUGGACCGGGUGGCCAAGGUUGGGUAAAUAAUUAUAAUAAUCGUUAUCCCAAUCCAAAUUAUGUCUGGAAUAAUAACUUUAAUUGGAAUCACGGUAAUCGUCUCCCGGAAUGGUACUAUAAUUCAGGAAAGACAAUUCAACCAUCCAUUCUGUGCGUUUUAAUUUUUAGCUUGCGUUUUCUUUGUAUUUAA